GUAGGUAGGGUGGGUGGUUCAAGAACUCCGGUGAAGGGUUUUCAAAAAUUCCGAUUUUUUUCAAUAUUAUACUUUUUUUUUCUGGCUAUCGUGAAACCCACUAAAGUUUUUUUUUUUUUUAAUCGAAAGUUGAAAUCUUUGAUUUGUAAUUUUUGAGAUUCUAGGAAAGGUCAUUAUUGGGUUUUUUUGGCAAUGUCUACACCGCCGAGAAAGGUUUUCUCCGGCUGGACUUUGACACCCAGAACCGAUCUGGCUAAUAAGACAGUUUCUAAGGGAAAAGAUGUUGUUUUUAUGGGUUCUGGACAAAAGGGUUUGUCAUCAAUUCAAGAUUAUGAUACUGUGGACAAAGUAGUGCUACUUGAUAAGGUGUCGAAGCUUGAAAAUGAGCUUGUUGACUAUCAAUACAAUAUGGGCCUUCUCUUGAUUGAGAAAAAGGAGUGGUCUGCUAAGCUUGAAGAAAUUAAGCAAGCCUUAAGUGAAGCAAAUGAGGCCUACAGAAGAGAACAUACUGCCCACUUAAUUGCUCUAUCUGAAGUGGAGAAACGAGAGGAGAAUUUGAGGAAGGCAUUGGGUGUUGAGAACCAAUGUGUGCGUGAGUUAGAGAAGGAAUUGCGUGAGAUGCGCUCUCAGUAUGCAGAGACCAAGUAUGUAGCUGAUUCAAAAUUAGACGAGGCAAAGGCAUUGGCUACUAGUGUUGAAGAGAAUUCAUUACAUGUAGAACUGAAAUUGCGUGCAGCUGAUGCCAAGACCGCUGAGGUGAGUAGAAAAAGUUCAGAUAUUGAGAGGAAACUACGUGAUAUUGAGGCUCAAGAAAAUGCACUUAGAAGAGAACGGUCCUCUUUCAAUACCGAGCGUGAAGCUCAUGAGAGUGCUGUAUCUAAACACAGAGAAGAGUUGCGAGAAUGGGAAAGAAAACUAAAGGAAGGAGAGGAGAGGCUGGCUGAUGCCCAAACAUUGCUUAACCAAAGAGAGCAGCGAGCAAAUGAGAAUGACAGCAUUCUGAGGCAAAAGCAGAGUGACCUGGAAGAUGAGCAGAGGAAGAUUGACACAGCUAACUCCGUUUUGAGGAAGAAAGAAGUUGACGUGAGCAACCGACUAGCCAACCUUGCUUCUACGGAGAAGGAACUUGAGGAUGUGAGAAAGAGCCUGGAGAUAAAAAAGGAAGAAUUAGAUGAACUACAGGAAAAGCUAAAUGCAAAAGAAAGAGAGGAAAUUCAAAAGCUAAUGGAUGAACAUAGAGCUAUCCUGAAAUCUAAGGAGGAGGAGUUUGAAUUAGAGAUGAGGCAGAGGCAUGCAUCACUAGAUGAGGAACUGAAAAACAAGGUGAUUGAACUGGAGAAGAAGGAGGCGGAAGUUAGUCACGUUGAAGAAAAACUCAAAAAACGCGAACAGGCACUUGAAAAGAAAAGUGACAAAAUGAAAGAGAAGGAAAAGGAUCUUGAAUUGAAGCUGAAAGCAUUAAAGGAAAGAGAGAAGUCUCUGAAAAUUGAUGAGAAAGAAUUGGAAACUGAAAAGAAGCAGAUAUUUACUGAGAAGGAUCAUUUACUGGCUUUAAGGGUUGAACUUGAGAACAGAAGAGCUGAACUUGAAAAACAACAGCUCAAGAUUAACGAGGGAAUUGAGCAGCUAAAAAUAACUGAAGAUGAGAAAAUGGAACAUGCUCGCCUUCAAUCAGAACUGAAGCAGGAGAUCGACAAGUGCAGAGAUUUACGAGACACUCUUUUGAAGGAAGCUGAAGAUUUAAAGCAGGAAAAAGAGAGAUUUGAGAGAGAAUGGGAAGAGCUGGAUGAGAAAAGAUCUGCGAUCAAGAAGGAGUUGCAGGAAGUUAAUGAUUCAAAAAAGAAAUUUGAGAAACUGCAGCACACUGAAGAGGAAAGGUUGAAGAAGGAGAAACUGGAAACAGAAAAUUAUGUUCAGAGAGAGUUGGAAGCCCUUAAAGCAGCACAAGAGACAUUUGCAGCUACAAUGGAUCAUGAGAGAUCAGUAUUAUCUGAGAAAACUCAAAGUGAGAAGAUCCGAAUGCUUCAUGAUUUCGAAAAACAAAAACGAGAUCUUGAGAGUGAAAUGCAGCGGAAGCGGGAGGAAAUGGAAUUUGCGCUGCAUGAGCAGAAGAAACGCUUUGAGGAAGAGAGGCAGAGGAAACUCAGCAAUGCUAACUAUUUAAGGGAAGUAGCCCAUAAGGAAAUGGAAGUGAUGAAGUCAGAAAGAGUUGAGCUGGAGAAAGAAAAACAGGCAAUUUCAUCAAACAAGAUGCAUCUGGCGGAACAACAGUCAGAGAUGAAAAAGGACAUUGAUGUGCUCGAUGGCUUAAGCAGGAAGUUGAAGGAUCAAAGGGAAGCUUUUGCAAAAGAAAGGGAGAGGUUUCUUGCUUUUGUCAAGAAGCAGGAGAAUUGCAGCUCAUGUGGAGAGGGGAUUCGUAUAUUUGAGCUUUCUGAACUUCAAAGUCUAAAUGAUGUGGUGGAUUUUGAGGCCCCUUCCCUGCGAAAUGUUGCACAGGAAUAUUUAACUGAUGGUUUCCAGGACACACCUGGAAGGGCUAACAAUGAGUUGUCCCCUGGUGCUCUUAAUUCAGGAUCUAUGGCUUCUGCUGGAACCAUGUCCUGGCUUCGCAAAUGUACAACAAAGCUUCUGAAGUUUUCACCAGGUAAUAAAAUUGAGCAUCCUGCAUCUCAAGAUUUCAUUGGCGGAUCUUCUCUGGAAGAGAAAUUUGUAGGUGAAUUACCUGAUACUAUGUCGAAAAAAGAUCAAGUAGAUCUGGCUGUCUCUAUCAACGGCACAUUUGAUGACCAAAAACUUCAAACAGAUAACAGUGUUAGAGAGGUGGAAGUUGGCCAAGAUGUUCCUGAAGACUCUCAGCAUUCGAACAUAAAUAGCCAGCACAGACCCGUCAGGAAAGGGCGUGGUAAAAACAGUAAGACAGGUCACCCUAAUUCAAAAGCUACAAGUUCAAAAAUUAUCCUUGGUGAAAGUCUCAAGGAGUCUGAGAAUAUGCACGUCAAUGGAGGUUUGGAUACCUCAAUUAAUGUGAAUGAGAGCCAGAAAGAAGAAUCUAGUCUCUUUGGUGAAGCGCGAAGUAAGACCAGAAAGCGUACUCGCAUCCAUGGAACAGCAAGUGAGUUUGAUGGAAGUCAUAGUGAUGGACAGUCAGAUAGUGUGACAGCCACCAGCAGGAGGAAGAGGAGACAAAAGGCUGCCCCGUCUGUGCAGGCUCCUGGUGAAAAAAGAUACAAUCUCCGCCGUCCCAGAAGUGCUGCUGUAGCAACAGCUAAUGGAUCCUUGCCAGAGCUGGUCUCAAAAUCUCAGGAAGAAAAUGGGGACUCCAAAGCCGUGCCAGAAACUCCUGCAGCCGUCAGUGAUGGAGAACUCAGAAACUGUGAUGCUGCUCUUCCCGCUGUAGCCAAUAGCCCUUUGAUGGAAGCAACAGAUGAUCAGGGAUGCACUGCUGAUAUAGCUAAUGAAUUGGUAGAUGAUACUGGUUUAAGUGAAGAAAUGAAUGGAACACCACAAGGACCCUCAGCUUACAAUGUCUACGACGAGGAACAUGAAGGUGACACCAUUGUGCAAGAAGAUGGAGAACGAGAUGAGGAUGCUGAUGAGAACGAUGAAGUAGACGAGGGCAACGAGGAGGAAGAGGUUCUGCACCCUGGUGAAGUCUCAAUAGGGAAGAAGAUUUGGAGUUUCAUCACCACAUAGUGAAAGGCCGAAAUGACAGUGCACAUCGGUUGCAUGCAUGUCUGAGGGUAGUUUUCUAGGCAUGUUGACAAGUAUUCCAUUUAUUGGUACACUUUUAGAGCAGUUUCAUGCUUUUAGAGUUUGUGUAGUGGUGGUGUGUAUUCUUCUUGAAAUGAAAACACAAGUCUGAGGUCGUAGCUUUUUUAAUGAUUGUGAUUAGGGUUGCCAGGUGCUUUCAUUUUGUUUAACAAUCUUAGUGUCCAUAAUCUUGGUAGCACGAUUUAACUAGUGAAGUUGUAACACUAGAUUUCCCUUUACUUAAAUGUCAUUGAAACAAUGUUACAAUAAUUUAGUCGUUUGGUGUUCUA